AUGACAGAUGAACGCAUUGCAAAACAAAUGGAAUCUGGCGGUAAUGUAAGUGGUAAUGAGCGCCGUGCGGAAAUUGCUAACAUCGAGAAUGAAGUAGCAGCAUUCAUUCAACAGGGAUGGCUUCUCAUUCGAGAGUACAAUGUUAAAAUGUUAAAAUAUCUGAGAUUGAAAAUGACCUGUAAUAUACUGCAUAUAAAGCGUAGUAGGAAAGGAAUGCAGUAA